AUGAAAUUAUCAUAUGCACUUUAUAAUCACUUAUCAUCUUUAAAGGUGUUUGAAAUAAUUAAGCAAGCCAAUAAAAACCCCAUUAUUUUAACAGAGGCCUAAUAAAAUUUGAUCGAAAACGGAAUUGCAGUAGCCAAGUUAGUUAAAUCAAUAUAUAGUUUAAAAUAAGAGAUUUCAUAAAGGUAUUAAACAUCUAUUUAAUAAGAGCUCUGACUCCUAUUGCUCAAUUAGACCAACUCAAAUAAUUAACCACUGCAUCUACAAAGUUGUAUAAUUGGAAUAUAAUCAUAAAUGCAAUAAAUUAAUUGUAAAUACCUAAUGACAUAAACAGUGACAUUAAAAAGUUAAUAUUGAUGGGGGAUGUGUAAAUAAUUGAGGACGUACUUAAUUAAUUGUUUGACUUUUAUUUAAAGCUGCAAUAAGCCAGAUUGAGUAAACCUAAAGCAUCUCCAAACGUCAGAAAUAGAAUUUUAUCUGAAUAACAACCAUAAUCUUAAGGAUAUAAUCAUUUGAAUCUUAGCUAAACAUAAGAGUAAAUUUAAAUAUCUGAUUCAAACAUUUUAGAAUAUUUUACAUCAUUAUUGUCAAAAUGGUUGAAUUUGUAAUACAAAUAGGUAAUAUCACUUUAUGCUGAAAAUUUCAAAUUUUGGGCUUAAAUAGUAACCAAAGGUGUUCAAAGGGUUUAUGAACCAAUAAUCUCAAUUUAUAAGGAUGUUUUUUUAUCAGUUGAACACCUAUAGAAUCUAAUCUCUAUGGAAAAAGAUAAAGCAUUAGGUUUUUCAUUAAAUCUCUUAAAACCAGGAUUGGUUUCUAAAUCACCUGAAGUGUGUAUUGAAACUAUUCGAACUCUCGGAAAUUUUGUUAUUUAAGCAUAUAAUAAUAAAAUUUCAUAUAAAGAGGAUAUAUAUUAAUGGUAUGUUGAAUCAUGUUUUUAAACAACACUUCUAUCAAUUAAAAGACAUCCCUAAUUAGUAGAUUCAUUAGUAGAUUUAAUGAUAUUAUUUUGUAAAUUCCAUUUAGUUGAUCUUUUUACUUCGAUUUUAAAAUAGCAUAGUGCAAAUAAUAUAGAGUUACUAAUUAAUGUAGAAAAGCUGUUUAAUUCACUCACACCAGAGUAUAUUUUAGAAAUUUAAUCUAUGGGAAUAAUGUAACAAUGGCUAGAAUAAGGUCUGGAGAUUCUCGAAAGUACGAAUACUUUGAAGUCAGAUGAGAAAAUUUGUAUUUUAAGACUCAUUCAUAAUAUAUGGUUAAAGAAUUAAUAUCAAUAACAUUAAGAAAGAGUGCAUAAUGCAUUUAGAUUAGCCACAUAAGAUCCUAGGGAAUGUGUGGCAUUAUUUUCUAUUUAAUUUUUAUUUUCUGCUUUAGAAUAUUUUGGAAAGAAUAAAAUUCCAGAAGCUCCAAUUUUGUAUAAAAUGUACACAUUUAUUGUUAUAUAGAAUUGCUAUUUAGCUUGUAGAAUUAACAAAUGAGAAUUUAGUCCAUUUUAUACUUUAGAAUCUUUUGAUAGUUUUCUAAAUGAUUCCUUCUAUCCCAUUGUCGAUAGUUCUUGAUCCAUUUAUAGUAAAUUUACAAGAGAAAACAUAUCCAAGCCUGGUUGUUUUUAAUUUCAUUGCCAAUGUAGCUAAUAAUCCAAAUUUAACUACAAAAUCGCAAAUAUAAAUUAUGGAUUUAUUAUCUAAAAUAGCUAUUUAUGAUACUUUGCAUUAUAGAAUAGCAUCUUAGACAUUUCUCUAAAUGGUUACAAAUACUUAACAUACACCAAGCACUUAAGAAUUUGUAUAAAAAUUCGUUAAAAUAAGUCUUGCUGUGUACUUUUCAGUCCAUAAGAAAUCUGAUAAAAAAAAGCCAAACCAACAAAUUGUGGAUAAAUAAAGAAAAGCAUAAAUAAUUGAGGUGUUAAAAAGUAUAAUACAAAUUCAUAAUGAAAACUUUAAUUAAGUCAUAAAAACAAUGGCAGGCCAUACUAAUUUAUAAUUUAAAUUAAUCUCCAAAUAAAAUAAAGGAUUGCAAGUGCUUCUUUAGUUACUUGGUGAUUUGAAUGAAAUUAUGCAAUAAGUAGAAUUUGAAUAUCAAGAGGCUUAAACCAAUAAAUAAGCUUAUUCAGAUUCAUCCGUUAAAGAAGUUCAAUAAGUUUAGGGAAAUCUAAAGAAAUUCUCGAAAAUCAAACUCACUAAAGAGGAACAAUAUCAUUUGGCAAGAUUGAGAAUGCCUAAAGAAACUGAUCCUAAAGUUAUAAAUGAUAUUUCAACAAUAAAAAAGCAAUUUUAAGAGAAAUAGAUGGAAAAAGAAUUGUCAAAAUUUACUUAAGAGGAAUAAUUGAAGUAGAAAAAAGAAAAAUUAAGAAAAUAAUUAGAGAAAAGACAGAUUGAAUAAGGAAUAGCAUCUUUGAAUCAAAAAGAUGUAGCUGUGAAAUUGCUAUUUCCUGAUGGCAGCAGAUAAACUGAGUUAGCUAAAGAGAAGAAACAUGGGUUAGUAACAUUUGAUUUGCUAGAUUUAAAUUUAGAAGAGGAAAUAGAAAAAUUAAUGGUUGAAUAGAUACUUAGGAAAUAUAGUAAAGUGUUUAGAUAUAUUUUUACAAAGUAUGCUAACACUUGUCUAUAAGGAAUGAGAUAACCUAAUUCAUUUGAUAAAUAUCUUUAGAGGACCGAAAGCAUUAACAUUGCAGAGAUAAGUAAGUUUGUUCAUGAUUAUGAAAUUGCUUUAUCAAUUGAAAAUGUUUAGGCUUUAGCAAGGUAAGUAGGAACCCAAAUUUUGCAUAACAAAACUGAAUUUAAGGAAUUUGAUUAGAUAGGGUUUAAUCAAUUUGUAAUUUAAUUAUCAAUCGUUCUAUCUAAGAAUAAAUUAGCAGAUACUCAAGCGUACUAAUGUUUAAUCAAAUUUAUUAAUCAUUUAAGAAAUGUAACAGCAGCUAAAGGAUAGAAUACAGCUUUGUUUGAUGAUCCAGAGUCUUAAUACUUUAUGGAGAAUGAUGUACGUAUUCCUAUUUAUUUAGAUAAUCAAAGAAUUUAAUCAACAAUUGCUCAUAGAUCCAAAUUAUGAAUUGCCUUAAGGAUAUAAGAAGGUUACUACUUUUGAAAUUCAAUUUUCAUAUGAAAUCCCUUUUCUAGAUGAUAAUGUCCAAAUACCAUAUUAAAUUCUUAAUGAUUUGUUGAUAAAUGCAUUGGGGUAUUUCAAUUUUAAUUUAAAAAAGAGUUAAUAUUAUUGAACCAAUAUCCAAAAAAGUAAUGGUUUUUAAGGCCAAACCUGAUGCCUUUGGUUACAUUUAAUCGAAAUUGUAAUAGGAACCAGCAGAUGAAGAAUUCAAAAUUAAACAUAAGAAGUCAAAGGAAGUAAAUACAAGUUUACAAAAAAAAAAAGUCCUGGAAAUAGAACCUAAAAGAGAGUGGUCUUUGAAUAUGAAAUUGGCCAUAGCUAAGUGCAAUCUCAAAGAUAAAUUCAUAGCUGAGAAUGUAGCUAAUUUACUUGAUGAUAUGCUGUUUGCAAUUGAACAUAAUAAAUAGUAGGCAACAAGAUAAAAUGAAAUUAUUAAUAAAGUUAAAGAGGAUAAAAAAUAAUUAUUACUAGAUUAGGAAUAAUAAGAAUAAAAGAGAGAAUUGCUUAGAAAGUAAAGAGAAAAAGAAAUUAAAGAUAAAUUGAAGGAGGAAAAGGAAAAACAAAAGCUGCUAUAACUGUAAAUUGAAAAAGAAAGAUUAGAAAAAAACAAAACUGAAAAUCAUUUGAAGAAAGAAUAAUAAGAUAAACGCAUGAGUUACUUAACUGAAUAAAAACAAAGAGUAAUAUAUUUAUUAUAUGAUUAGAUUAAAGAAAAAAAUGAUAAAGAAAAAGAAGAGUAAUUGAAAAGAAUGUUGGAAGAAAAAGAUAAAUAGGAAAAAGAAAUUAAGCUCAAAAAACACAAUUUUUAGGAGUUCAAUUAGAAAUAAAUAAAAAAAUUAAAAGAAAUAAUAUCUCAGGGAUAGAAUAAAUAACAAUAAUCAGAAAAAGAAAAAUAAGAUCAAUAAAAAAAAUAAUAAUAACUACUAUAAUAAGCAAGAUCAAAAAUACUAACUCAGAAUCAAUCGAGAAUCUAAGAAUAAAAGACACUAGAAAAAGAUAUAGAAAAUAAGUUCAAAUCAAUAUCGUACCAGAAAAUAAUUGAUAAAUAUUAAUUCGGAUUAAAUUCUCUAUUCCAAUUUUUAAUUAAAGAGACUUUUUUACCGAUUGGUUAACCAUCGUCAAGAGAAUAAAUUAGCUUCAAAACUUUUGCUUGGUUUACAGAUCGAUUUAAUUUGUGUCCUGAAAUCGUAUCAAAAGAUGAUGUUCUUUAACUUUUUAGAUAUUUAACGAAAUCUAAAGAAGUAAUUGAUGGAAUACCACCAGGGAUGAAUUACGAUGAAUUCUUAUAGGCUUUGCAUAGAAUAUCAAUAAAAGGAAGCACUAUAUUUAAUAAAGUUGCUGUGAAUUUAAAAUAAUAAAAAGGAAAACUCGAUUUUAAAGAAAUUAAAUAGAUAGUUGAAGCAGAACAAAUUGUUGAUUAAGAACCAUAAAGUCAUUCACCAAAGGCAGAAUCGAUAGUUAUUGAUACUCCUUUAAGAAAUAAAUCGAAAUCUAAUUAUCUUGAGUCAUCUAAAGUUCUGAAAGAAUAUUAACUAUUUUUCCAAUAAUCAAAUGAAUAAACUUUUGAAUCCUUAAUAUUGUACUUAGAUGUGAGCAAUGAUAAAAAUUAAUUAGAUUAAAGAUUUAGAAAAACAUUAGAGGAAAAGAAGGUACCCACAAGAUUGAGAAGAAAAAGUACUUAUAAUAUUUAUUUUUAGUUUUGACUGAAAAGCUUGGAAUUUAGAAUUGA